AUGGACGACAAAUUCUCUGAUUGUCGAUGUUCAGCUUCAUCUACGUCGUGGAACCCUAAUUCGCCGUCAACAUCACACACCAUUCAGCGCCUCCACCAUCGCCACCUGACUCCUUCAACAUCACAUACCAGCAGCACACCACCACCUGUUUCCACUGGUUCCUUGAUGCUUCAAAAAACACACACUUCAUUGCCUUCGUCGCACAUCCAGCCACCACUGACGGAUGGAUCUCUUGAGUUUCCUGAAAAAGGGAUGACGAGUGUGAAUCAUGUAUGGUGGGUAAGGCCGUCGGUCUCGGCUGAUGGGUUUCCGGUGAAACAUGCUUUUCAGCCGGCGAAUUUGGGGGCGAAAGGGUGGUUGGAUUUGUUAAGUGGACAAAGUAUCAGCAGACCUAGCGGUGGAAUUGGAGGUGGUGAUUCCAGAACGAAAAAGAGAAAUAUCUGGCAUGGUUUUACCUUCAUACAUUCUGCCAAGUUUCUGCUUAUGCAAUCGGCGUCGCCGGCUAGGCCACGAGACUUAAACUUGGAUCCUGGUCAAAGGGUGUCACCUACAACAGUCACCGCAGUAUCGGGCUUGCUCUAUUUUCUCUUGCAACAGUCCAGGUAA